GUGGGGACACCAAGGAUGUUGAAAAGAGUAAAGAUGAAGUACUAGUACCAUCCCGUCGCUUAUCCACACAGCUGCAAAACGCUGAGAAGCGCUUGUCCAUCCAGCACCGAAGCUCCUUCGCUUCCAACUGCGCCAGUCCGGAUGCGGUCCCCGGGUUGGCGGUAGAAAAUGAGAUCAGACCACUGGUUGACGUAGGUCCUCAGACAAAGGAACGGGGGUCUUCACCUGGUGCGCACCCGCCCCUUACACAACGGGGAGAAGAAGACCCCGACGAGGACCGCGCGGCCAUUGCGACCAUAUGAAUUGCAAAAGUAUCACACUCGUAUAAAUGCAUGACAAAUUCCCUCAGCGCGAGACAUAAAAUUUGUAAUGCGGAUUUACCUUGAGAAAAUAUAUUGUAAUGCAUAAUUGCCAUACGAGUACGAUGCUUUUGCAAUGCAUAGACCAACCUGAUCUGCAACGAGUCGCAGCGCUUCGUUAUGCGUUGCAAAUAUGUGGUCUGGGUCUGGAAACUUGUGAUGCUGUGUGGCGUACCAUGAGGUGGCCACAAGUGCUGGCUCAGCAUGACAAGUUUCCGAGCUGCAGCUUCUAGGUGUUGCCUAUUCUGCAUGACAGUGCGCGUUUCUGCAUGACAGAAAAGCGUGGCUCAUGGGUAGCGUGCGUGACAGGUUUAAGAGUCAUGCCACACAAGCAUGACAAACGUGCACUCUUCCAGACCCAGGCAUAUUUGCGCUUGAUAUUCGUCGACGCCGCGCAAAACCUGCACCAAGUCUGGGGCGCGCCGUUGCUGGUCUUAGCGUCGGCUGCGUUUCUUUUCGAAUUGUUAACCCUCGUCCCAGCCGCGCUCUACCUCGCGAUUCUGACACUUUCCGGACCGCUCGGCUUCAUCUGGAGCAAGUGCCUGUUUCGUGCGAAGCACAAGCGGGCGACCUACACGGAGCAGCGGCUGCGGCUCUGCGACGAGGUUUUGUCGAACAUCCGGAUAGUGUAUGACAGUCAACAACCCCCCCUCAUCUCAUUUGUAUUUUUGCAUGAACUGCAAUACAAACGCCAGCUACCCAUACCCACCUGGAGCUUGCGCAUUACAAAUUUAUGUGCCUCGUACUGUAGUACUGUAUGUUUGGGCUUUCGAAAUUUGUCAUGCAAACAGUGCCACAGCAGGGAAGCGACUGGAUUUGGGAUUUUGCAUGACAAAUGGGUGGGACUGGGAGGGGGGGGUUGUGCGCUGUCAUAUACUGAAAUACUUCGUGUGGGAAAAGGCGUACUUUGACAAGAUCGAAAAAUUACGAGACGAAGAAAACAAGCAAGCCUUGAAACAGAACUGCAUUUUCGCGUCGAACGCCACGCAAAUCGUCUGUAUGCCCUUUGUAUCUUGUGCAAAAGUAUCGUACUCGUGCUAAUGGCAGUUAUGCAUUAGAGGCCGUACGAUUAAUGGGCCCCCUUUUCGAUACCGAAAAGGGGGGGGUAGGUGCGGUCGGUCGUCUGGCGGGUCGUAUCCAGAAAUGGCCGGGUGACCAGUUUUUCUUUUCGGACUUCAAAAAUCUAAAUCCGCAACUUCCCGCCCCGGCAAAAAAGCUCUCGUUUUGUUUACUGCGGUUUCUCAGCGUGUCUCUCUUCUGCUGCGGUUUCUGCGGCGUGGCUGGAACAGAAUGAAACAGAACAACAGAAAUUUCUUGGGAGGGCGCGCGCGGGCGGCGCGCGCGGAUCGGCAUACGGAUGCAACAACAGAAAACGGUUAAAGCGCGUGAUGCGCGCGCGCAAACUGAAAAAAAGCCCGCGGCGCGCGCUGGUGUGUGCGUGCAGCGGAGAACAUGCAGCGGAGAACGUGCCGCCCCAGUGGUCGAAGUGGCCGUCUCAGCUGCUUUUCCAAAUGCAGGAAGUGCUGGGAUGGUCGCUUCAACAGCCCGAGGGUGGUUGUGCAAUGCUGCGUUCUAAGUAGCUGCCUCCUGGUGGUCUAUUGCGUCGCAGCACUGUUUUUGUGCAAUAGAGUUACUUCGCAGGAGAAGAAGCUUCGUCGUGAUGCAUCGCGAACAGCUUUCGUUUUUGAGUAAUAGAGCUGCUCCACAGUGGGUUUACUUCUACAAACUGCGCCCAAGUUACUGCGAAGCAGUUCUUUUUUUCCGCUGUAGGUCCACGGUCUACGUCUACAGCUACCAACUGGGAUUGUUAUCAAGUUGGAGAUGAUUUACUCCAGGGUAGCUGUGCUGCUGCUGGGUUCUGCGAAAGAAAGCCGCCCCCUUUGUCUUGGGAGAAACGGGGCCGGCUUUAUUUUGAGAAGCAGAAAGCGCGUCGCUUACGCUUUGCUUCUCUUGCGCUUUUUUUUUUUGAAAGAAAAAGAACAAACAAGAACUCGCUCCAUAGCGUCGGCGCUGUGUACUUUGCGCACGGUAGUGCGCGUCACAAUCCAGCGAAGCUAGCUGUAGCUGGGCACCGCAUGUGGCUGCGCUUUUGAAAAAACAAAGCGGCGAAAGGUGUCAAGCGCGCCGUGCCGCCCGGAUUCAGAUUCGCGAUAGGUUUCGCGAUAAACAGCCCCCGGAUUUAGAAAAGGGGGGCGUGGGGGGGUAAGCUCGAUCAGAUUCCCGCUUCUACCCCCCUUUUCGGUAUCGAAAAGGGGGUCGAUUAAUCGUACAGCCUCUUACAAAUCUAGUUGCUAAGGUAGAUCCUCAUUACAAAUUUGGUUUGUAAUGCUGACCCGAUUUGUAUUACAAUUUGAGUAGGCGUGUGCCUGUAGGCGUUAAUUCGGGGUGGGUUGGUUGGUCGGUUGGUUGGUUAUGCAAAUGCUGAAGACGGCGGGCCGUCGCGGGUUAUAGAAAAACAUUCUUCCGGAGUCGCAGUGCGUGGCGAGGUCGACGUGCGUCUGGUUUGCGUUUGGUGGUGGACGUAUUGUGGCGGAGACAUAUUCGGCGUCGCGGUGUCGCUAUUUCGCUUAUCCUGAUGUACGUGAGUCUGUCGACGACGUUCUGCUUCCCACAAUCGAAGCUGGAGAAAGUUGUGCUUUGAUAUCGGGAAUGAGAUGCACGCUACCCACCUACCUCCCUACCUACCUACCUCGUGAUACUGACGCUCCUCUCGUCCAUUCAUAAUCAACCGAAACAAAAAAGAUCACGCCCUCCUUCGUGGCUGAGCAGUGGGUAGGUGGGUUGGUUGGUCGUCAUUGGACAAUGAUGCGUCCGCGUGUCCUCCAGGUGUGGGCGAUUUUCACUUGCGGGGCGCAACGGAGGCGCGUCUACACCUACCUUCCCACCCACCUACUUCUUGAUGCGUGUGACAACGAAAAUGCGGGAGCUGGGGCAGCGCCCAGUUAGAGUGAAGUGAUGAAGAACUACAACUGCUCAGAGACAGUCUUGGCUGCAGGCCGGCGACGCCUGGCCCGUGUGUGGUGGCCCGCAAAGGCUCCCGCGUAAACGGUUUGCUAUCGCGGGCACCGAAAUGGGUGAAAUGAUGCCCAUCCUGAUGAAAAGCGCCCCGCCCGUAAAGGGCGGUCUUUGAUCUAGCAGCCUGUGGCGCUUUUAGUUGCCCGGGGCCCAUCGGCGCGGCACGGCCACAACGCCGACCGCAUCCGCGGGGCGCCACUUGAAGUCUAGAACCCCACUGCUAUGGCAGCUUUUAGAUUUCCCCUCGCAAGUGAUCGGGGUUUUAGUUGCGAUAGAGUGAACUACAUACACUGAGGUAGGCGAUACGUCUAUGCGCGGCGCUUCUCCACCCUCGCCACAAAGCGCACUGCGUGCGCAGGCCAGGGCCAGAGAGAACGAGCUGCGACAUUUUUCUUCCUCCCGCCGAAGGAGCUCGGCUUCAUCUUGUGAGAAUGAAACGAACCAAGCCAGCGCACCAAUGAAGGCCUGACCCUGAGGCAGAGGAUUUGUUUUUCUUUUCUCGUUGUGAUUGUGCCACUCACAACAAAGUCACUGAGGAUCAGAAUCAAUUUGAGAACCAAGAACAAACUUAAGUGCCUGGGAUCGCAUUGGGUGCAAGUAUGUCUGUGUCUGGUCGAAGCGUUGAACCUUUAGGGCGCGCCCUCACCCCUGCCAGGGAAGGUGGGUGGGUGGGUCGGCAUGUGUGGUCAGCAGGCAGCGCAUGCUUGCUCACCCGUGCCAAGGCAGGUGGGUCGGUAGGUCGGUAGGCGUGGCCAGCAGGCAGCGCAUGCUCACCCGUGCCAAGGUAGGUGGGCCGGGAGGUCGGUAGGCGUGGCCAAUAGGCAAGGCACACUCGCCCCACCCCCCCACCAGGCAGGUGGGUGGGUAGGUCGGUAGGCGUGGCCAAUAGGCAGCACACGCCUGCCCCCCCCCACCCGGCAGGUGGGUGGGUAGGUCGGUAGGCGUGGCCAAUAGGCAACGCACGCGCGCCCCACCCUCCCCACCAGGCAGAGGGGUGGGUAGGUCGUUGGGCGUGGCCAAUAGACAACGCACGCUCACCCCACCCGCCCACCAGGCAAGUGGUUGGGUAGGCCGGUAGGUGUGGCCAAUGAAUGCAUAGGCCGCGCACCCUUGCCCCCCGCACCAGGCAGGUGGGUGGGUAGGUCGGUAGGCGUGGCCAAUAGGCAACGCAAGCUCGGCCCACCCACCCACCCGGCAGGUGGGUGGGUGGGUCGGUAGGCGUGGUCACCGAUCUCCUCUGGGUGGAAAGGGGUAGGUAGGUAGUUGGGUCGGCGCGAUCACGGUAGUACGAUCGUAAAGAGAGGCGGUAGGUGGGUAGGUAGGCAGCUUCAACGGUGAUAGUAGUUAGAUGAAUCUCAGAAAAACACAAGAUACAGCGCAGCGGGUUUGGUUCCACGGGAAAUUUGCAUAACCAACCAACCGACCAACCAACCCACCCCGAAUUAACGCCUACAGGCCCACGCCUAUUGUACAAUUUAUACUACGCGCGAUACUUUUGCAAUUCAUACUUGCUCGCCCAGGCGGUGUGUUUGUUGACGUACGUGUUUCUCGUUGUCGGAAACGAAGAAGCGGUGGGGGAGGGGGAAAAAGUGAAGCAACUCACCCCGGAAAUGACCUUCUGCCUGCUCGGUUUCACGAUGAUCCUACGGUUCCCGUUGCAGCAGAUGGGGCAAAUUUGGGGAAACGCCACGCAGUGCUACUACGUGUUGCAGAAGGCGGAAGCGUUUUUGCAGACAAGCUCGAUAGGUGAAAACUAUCGUCGUGGUGGGACAGCGUCUACUUCAUGUCAGGUAGGAACGGAAAAGCAAGCGAAUCUUCUGGAGGAAGAGAAAAAAACAGCGGGUAAAAUAACCGAACUACUGAAAAACAGAAACACUCCUGCGACGCAAAGCAGGAGCAGCAGCAGCACAACAACAGCUGCAAGCCCUGCUACUACAAUCCUCUUCGACGUCGACGGAGCUGAUGUUAGGUGGACGGCGGAUGAAAAAUUAACCAUGCAAGCAGGCAAAAGAAACGAAGGUCAAGAACGUGUCGACGCAAAGGUUGUGCUGGAAAAGAACAAAGAAACAAAGCUACAACUUCAUAGGACCGGGUCCGGCACAUCAUCAGCAUCCUCCUCGUCGGGAGGUGGACCACCUUCUUCAAACGUAGUCCUGUCAAACCUAUCAAAUGCAAAAAUGUCUCGGUCUGGAAGGUUGCCGGGUUUGUCAUGCACAUUUUGCAUGACCCAGGAUUGUUUGUGAUGUAUGCCCUACCAUCACAGAUUUCAGAACACUUCCUGCUGCCUAGUCCGCAUGAAAGAUGCCCUCCCCGCGUAGCACAAACUAGACUCCUCUUGCUGAUAUAUGCAAUACAGAUUUUUUCAGAGUCCAAAGUUAGCAUCACAAGCUCCAACCUUCCAGACCCAGACAUUCUUGCAUUUGAUAAAACCUGAAAGUUCAAAUCCAGUCUGGCGACCUCGUGGAGGUCACGGGAAAGACCGGGGCGGGAAAAACUGCUUUUCUCCACACCUUACUCGGUGACACGAACAUCACGCCAACUUCUGCGGUGAACAGAAAUGCUUUGGAAAUCAAAAAAUCCGUAGAGCACAAUGUUCACUUGCUCUACGUGAGUCAAACGCCCUGGAUCAGAAACGCGACGAUUUUCGACAAUGUGGUUUUCUUUCUAACGAAGCCGGCUCUGUAUUCAUCAUCCGGCAAUAUUGAAACUGAUAAAAAGCAGGAUGAGAGUUUUUAUCCUUAUCGUUUCAGAUCGACAGACAGGAUCAACGAAAAAUUCCACCGAAAGUGUUACACCGAGGCGGUCUUUGUCGCGAACCUGGAGCCUAUCACAGGAAAAAGUGUGUAACAUUAACGUUUUUCACGGAUUGCAAUCAUGCAUCACAAAUGUAGCCCAAUAUGCAUGCUAUGCAUGACAAAUUCUGACACGUCUUGUGAUGCAUUUCUGCAUCACAAAUUCCAAAUGACAUUUUUUCUUGUGAUAGAGCCGGACAUCGCAACCUUUGCGCAAAGGGACGAGAUAUCCUGUGCAAAAGUAUCGUACUCGUAGUAAUCGCAGUUAUGCAUUACAAAUCUAGUUGGUUAGGUAAAUCCGCAUUACAAAUUCAAGCUGUAAUGCUAAGCCAAUUUGUAUUGCGAUUUAUACUAGUACGAUACUUUUGCAAUGCAUACGAGACGGAGAUCGGGGAGCGCGGGGUCACUAUGCAAUGCAAAAGCAUCGGGUACUAGUACAAUUUGCAUUACAAAUUUGCUCAGCAUGAGAAACGCAAUUUGUAAUGCUGUUUUAUCUUAGGAAGAAGAUUUGUCAUGCAUACUUGCAAUUAGAAUUAGUACGAGUGCGAUACUUCUGCACUGGAUAGGCACGUUGUCCGGCGGCCAGAAAAUGCGGAUCGCGCUGGUAUGAGAGUGCACAACUCCCCUUCCCCUCAUUUGUGUUGCAUGAACAGCGACACAAGCGCUGGCAAAGAUGCAGCUUUCGCAUGACAGAUAUCUCGAAAGCCAAAAGAGCAUUACAAUCCUCUAGGAAUUUGUCAUGCAAAAGCUGCAUCUUUGCACGCGCUUGUGUUGCAGUUGCUGUUCAUGCAACACAAAUGAGGGGGAGGGGGAGUUGUGCACUCUCAUAGGUGGCCCGAGCGGUGUAUUGCGGACUCUUUCACCACUACUGCGGUCUAGAGGAGGAGGAGCGGCGGGUCGUGGGAGGUGAUGAUGAUGAUGAUGUUGACUGGAAACUGUCCAAAUCUGCGGCCUCUGCAGCAAGUACCUCGUCUUGUCACCUCGUUUUCCUUCUCGACGACGUCUUCGCCGCGUUAGAUGCGGGCACCGCGGUUUUGGUCGCCAAAAACCUCCUGGAAUUGAAGCAUAGGCUGGAACAAAAUCAAAAUUUGCCAAGUACAACAAAAUCCUCGUCUUCAUCUAGCAAACGAACACCUGGACGAGCUGUUGUUCCAGCAAAGAAGAAGACCACUGUCACCAUCAUCUGUGCCGGAAAUCUCUGUGGCGCGGCCCUCCGAACCGCUCACGCGCGAGCGGGCGUGUGUCUACCAGCCAUGGCGGUACAAAAGAUACACAUCGACGCGGAUUCCGGUAUCCGGUGCGAAUUUUCAUCCGUACACGUAGAAAUGCGGUGUCUGCAUGACAAGCCUCGCAUUCGAUCCUCGUCAGCAUGACAGGAGGUGUUGCGCUUCAAGUUGGCGUCGAAAUUUGUGAUGCAUUUUGUACUUGGGUGUGCGGGAAAUUAAUUGCAUUGCAUAUGCGGAGGACAGGUGAAACACACGGAGGACUGGUUGGUGAAUGACAAUGAGCGCGGUACUUCUGAGGGCACAAUAAUACCGGGGACGAUGAAGCAGAGUCCCUGCAUUCUGCCAAAUCCAGGUACUGUUCCUGGUGCAAUACUGAAUCUUCAAACCGCGGCGGCGGCCUCAUGUAGGUCCGGAACAGGUGGAGGCCCAGAAGGUGAUGACCUCCACACAGAGACAGACACUACAGCCAAACCUACAGCUUCCACCGGUGGGGUAUGGCGUUCUCAAAUGUUACAUUCUCAACUGUUACAUGAUUUGUUAUGCAAAGUUGCAAUCAGACUCAGAGUCGACACGAUCAAGCUGCUUCGCAUUACAAAUUCUCGAAGAGCCCAACAGGCUGAGAAUCUGUGCGAAAUCUGUCAUGCAAGACGCGCAAGGUCCCCUCUUUCUGUGUUGCCGUUCUUGCAUCACAAAUCCAUGGAACAGUUGAGGAUGUAACAGUUGAGAACGCCAUAUGGAGCAGGAGCUUUGAUGACCCGGGAAGACGACUCCGGCUCCAUCGUGUCCCUCCGCGGUGCCAUGUGGAAUUGGUUCGUUGCGCUCGGUAUCAAAUGCAAAUAUGUCUGGGUCUGGAAACUUGUGAUGCUAAAAUGUGGAUGAUGGAAACAGUUCCGAAUGCAACCCAGCAUGACAACUUUGCAGAACGCUUUCCCAUACUAGGCAAUCCGCAUGAGAAACUUCGUCUCUGCAUGUACAAAAGAGGCUGCGACUUUUGUUGGUUAUGCAAUACAGAUUUUCUAGGUGUGGAAAGCAAGCAUUACAAGUUGCAUCCUACCAGACCCAGACAUAUUUGCAAUCCAUACUCGGCGCGUUUAUCCCGAUUGGCGUGUUCAGUGUCAUCUCCAUGUACAUUGAGCGGUUUGUCUUUAUCUCUGUCGUAUCAAAUGUAAAAAUGUCUGGGUCUGGAAUAAUGCAACUUGUCAUGCUGUUUUUGCACUCUAAAAAAGUUUGUAUUGCAUAACCAGCAAGAGGGGCACAAUUUGUGCUACACGGAUAGGGCAUUUCUCAUGCGGAAGGUGCAUCAGGAAGCUUUCUAAAAAUCUGCGAUGCUAGGCCAUGCAUUACAGGCAUCAUGGGUCAUGAGAAAUAUGCAUGACAAAUCUUGCACUCUUCCAGACCCAGACACUUUUGCAUUUGAUAUGUCGACCGCACGGUCAAGACCUGGUGCGGGCUAGCAGGCGCGUUAUCAGCAGGAGGUGGGUCUGAUACCUCAGCGUCCGCAGCGGAAAUUGUCGCGGCGGAUGCAGCUCAUCUUGACAACAACCCAGCGGCUCACGACGAUGCGAGUACUAUCAGCGAGUCCUCCGAGUCUAUGGCCACCAUCUACAUCCGGCUUACCAUAAUCGCUUGCAUCUGUUGCGCCUUGACCCGCUAUCUCGUGCGAAAGCAUCGCACUCGUAGUAAUUCUAAUUACAGCUAUGCAUUACAAAUCUCCCUCUGAAACUGAAUUAGCAUGACAAAUUCCAUUUCUAAUGCUGAGCAAAUCUGUAAUGCGAUUUCUAGUACUGCGAUGCUUUUGCAUUUCAUACCCGCUUUUCCUUCGCGAUCGUCUGUACCAGGGCGGGAAAAAAGCUCUUCGCGCAGAUGUUUAUCAGAGUGCGCAACCCGUCCCCCUCCGCCUCAUUUGUAUGGCAUGAACAGCAAUACAAACAGCAGCACACGUGGAGCAGGUGCAUGACAAAUUCAUGUGCCUAGUGUAGUACUGUUUGGGCUUCCGGAACCUGUCAUGUAAACAGUGCCACAGGGAAGCACUUGGAUUUGGGCUUUUGCAUGACAAAAGAGGGGGAGGCGGAGUUGUGCACUCCCAUAAUGUUCGCGAGUAUUUUAGAAGCCCCCUGCCACUGGUUUGAUUCCACGCCAAUCGGGAGGAUCACGAAUCGGUUAUCCUUCGACACAGAAAACGUCGACACGGUCCUUUUAUCAACAGCAAAUAUCCCUGGCUGUCUGGAAGGAUCCAACUUGUGAUGCUGUCUUUUGAUAUCUAGAAAAAUCUGUAUUGCAUGACCAGCAGGAGGAGUCCAGUUUGUUCGACGUGGAGAGGGCAUUUAAUAUUCUCAUGCGGAAUAGGCAUCAGGAAGGGUAGUUCUAAAAAUCUGUGAUGCUAGGGCAUACAUCACAGACAAUCAUGGGUGAUGCAGAACCUGCAUGACAAACCUGGCAGUCUUCCAGACGACCCAGGAGACAUAUUUGCAAUGGAUACCUUUUCACCAAAGUCUACCCGGCGACGGUCUGUAUCUCCUGGGUUCUCGGCGCUCUGGCGGUAAUUAUGACGGUGUUAUGCAUUGCAAAAGUAUCGUACUAGUAUAAAUCGCAUGACAAAUUUGCGCAGCAUGAGAAAUAAAAUUUGUAAUGCGAAUUUACCUGAAGAGAAAGAUUUGUAAUGUAUGAUUGCAAUACGAGUGCGAUAGUUUUGCAGUGCAUAGCUGCUGUAUCCGUACAACUUCAUCAUCUUGCCGUUUUUCGUGCUGGGUUCCUGGUACUGCAUCUACUGUGCCCGCGUGGGGAUCGUCCAAAUUCAGCGUUUGGACAACGUGUCCCGCUCACCCAUCUAUCCUGUGCAAAAAAUUCGUACUCGUAUUGCAAUCAUGCAUUUACAAAUCUUUUUUUCAAGGUAGAUCCGCAUUACAAAUUUUACUUCUCAUCAUGCUGAGGAAAUUUGUAAUGCAUUUAUAGGAGUGCGAUACUUUUGCAGUGUAUACCAUCGCGUCGCUGACGAAGGAAGCGCUGUGUGAAAUGCAUAUAUGUCUGGGUCAGGAAAGUUGUGAUGCAAGUCCGUGAAUGAUACAGCCCAGCGCACUGUAAUGCACCGCCAAGAAGCAUGACAGAUCGUAUUUCCGUGCUGCGUGUGUGUUGCGUAUUCCGCACUAGAAAGAGAAAGAAAAACUGCGGCUUUGCAUGACAUGCAGGAGAAGCUCUGCUUCUUUGCCACGCAAUACAGAGCUCAGAGUAAUGCCAGAUCAGCAUACGAAAUUUUGAAACAUUCCAGACCCGCCAGACACAUUUGUUUUGCAUACGCUGCAGGGCAGGCUGAUAAUAGCCGUUUUCCACAACGAGGAAAAGUACCAGAAGAAGAUGUGCAAGUUGCUGAACCAGAACACGUAUGCAGUGCACAAGCAUCGUACUAGUAGAAAUGGCAUGACAAAUUUUAUCAGCAUGAGAAAGCAAAUUUGUAAUGGGGAUUUGACGUGAGAAAGAAAUUUGUAAUGCGUGACUGCGAUUAAGUAGUACGAGUACGAUACUUUUGCAAUGCAUAACACGCAAGCCUUGUUCGCCUUCAACUCCGCGUCGAGGUGGUUGGGAGUCCGAGUGGAAUUUGUCGUAGUGACCACGACGUUCUUCGUUCUACUCGCCUGCGUCUGGCUCCAGUUGCCAGCGGAGCAACUCGGGUUCUCCCUGAUUUGGUGCUUGUCGCUUGGGAUCUCGAUGGCCUUUUUGAGUAUAUCGAUGUCUUCUGCCGAGGCGGCGUUCACUUCGGUCGAACGGUUGACGGAGUACAGCGGGGCGCAUGUUCCGAAUGAAGGUAAGCGGAAGGACGCACUGGUAGAGGACAAUGGUGUGGAUGUUGACGAAAUUAAAGAUUCUACUGCCGUUAAAGCGAUCGCAGACAGGAGCUGCACUGAAGUUGAUGUUGGAUGGGCACCAUCAUCUCACGACGAUCAGGACCACCACGACCAUUUCCGCAACCUACUAUCCAGGAAAAAACAUCCAUCCCCAUCCAUAUUUUGCAUGGCAAAUAGCGGACUCUAUGCAUGUUUUGUAUGACAAACUGGAUGGGGAUGGCAUGAGUGUUUUUUCCUGGAUACCUACCACACGAAGAACACACCGCAACCACCACCCGUCGCGCAUCCGUAUGGAGCAGCUUUAAGCUACUGCUGAGGAAGAUCAGAAGUUUGUUCGUUCUCUUGUGGCAAAAAAUUAUCAGUCUGCUUCCGCAUCGAGUCCGGGAGUGGCGGAUCUUUUCGUCGGAUCGAUCUGAAAACUACCCAACAGCGGCUGACAUCACAGCUACUCCGGGAGGGGGAGCAAGAGCCGCCAGUCGUUCCAUUCUCCUGAACGAUUUCAGCUCCAAAGACCUCCACGGCGAAACGGCGACUACGACGCCCGUGCACAUCAAAAAGGGGUUGCUGAUUUCUAACUUAAGACUUCGCUACCGCCAGGAGCUGCCCGACACGCUACACAACAUCUCCUUCUAUUUGAAUCCGGGGGAGAGGUGCGCGGUGGUUGGAAGAACGGGCGCCGGGAAGUCGAGCUUAACCGCGGCAUUGUUUCGACUCGCAGAGGACGUGACCGCGAGGGUGUGCAGCAUAAACGGGGUCGAUUUGCUCAAAGACUUACCCGUGGACUCGGCAAGGAAGAGACUGGGGAUCAUCGCCCAUAUGAAAGCCUCAGGUUGGAAAUCCUCAAAGUGAAAAUAGCUUGUAAUGCAAAAAACCACUCCAGUUGAAGCGCCACUUCUAUGUGGCGCAUGACAAAUUUCCAUGGCACUCAAAUCAUGUCUGUCAUGCUGGGUAAGGCAAAGGGGUGCCCUUUUGUUCUGCUAUUCAGAACUCCAAUUCUUCACCCCUAGAAGGACAAUAAUCGGCCUCUAUUGCGUCCUCUGCAGCACAGUCUUUUUUGCAUCGCAUAUCGUGCAUCAAAAGUGAUUUCCACUUUGAGAAUUUUCAUUAUGAGGCUUUCAUAGCCCAAUCCGCGCACGUUUUCGGCGGUGUCACUCUACGUUACAAUCUCGAUCCAUUCGACGAAUUCACCGAUCAGGAAUGUGUCCAGGCGUUGAAAUUGGCGCAUUUCCCAGUCUACGCGUUGCAAAUGUAGUAUCGUACUUCUCGUAUACCAAAUUGCACUUAUGCACGACAAAAACAAAUGCAGUAGCAGUUUCUGUACCUGAAUCAGCAUGACAAUAUUGAUUUCAGUUUUCGUCUUAAGAAAAUCACUUGGCAUGCAGUUUAUACUAGUACGAUGCUUAAUAUUUUCCACUGGAUAUAGUCUUGAAGAACGACAACAGCCAGGUGAACUUGAACUUGCUGGCGAGUGGUGGUGGAAGCACCAGUGGUCUUCAAAAUGAGGAAGACGAGGAUGUUGAACGGGAACUGCUGCUCGCAGCGGAUAUCGGCAUUACAAUCAAACCGGCAAAUAGAAACUAUAAUUCCGAGCCGGAGCCAGAAGACGAGCAGUAUCGUGUUUCCAGUUGCAGUACCGCGGUGCCGGCUUUUCGACAAACCGCGAUUUCCUCCUGCAAUUCGUUGGCGUCGUUAGGAGGCUACUUUGGUGAGGACCAGCAGACCAGUGCAGACGUUGACGCACGAGCACUGGAAACAAGAACCGCUCCAGCACUUUCGCAAGUAAGGACCACCACGCAGAGGACUACAGGCAGGGUAACAUUACCAGAUCCGACUGUUGUCUAUAAUCUGCCAAGGAAUACAACUACCGCUGUCCUCGGGCAGACAAGCGAAACGGAAACAACGUCGACUUCGACCACUUCCAAGCCGACCCAGUGGGUCACCUCCAAGCGAAGCAGUAGGCAUACCCGGUUUACAACUUCCAACUUUUGGUCGAGCCCCAGCCCACCCAUUCUAAGUUCUCCCCCCUCGCCCGGCGGCGAUCUGCUAGCGGGCGGUGCGGUUGCGGGGAACGGGCUGGAGUUGGUCCCUGUCGCGAGUGUUGUUCAGCAGCAGAAGAAAAUAAAUAACCGACCACAAAUAAUGACAACUAUCGCGGACUUGGAUGAGCACGCGCGCGCUCUGGGGAUCGAUACGAAUAAGAAUAGCAACGACAAUGUUGAGACGCGGCAAGGCAAGGUCGUCUCUCCUCCUGUUUCUGAUGUUGAUCGGAAUGAAUAUACUAGUAAACGCCCUUCCAGGAGUACAAGUACAGCCAUGGCUAUCAAACAAAAAAGGUUCGUCACGAUCACUCAUGCGCAUUUUUGCAAUACAAAAUUGGCUGUCAUGCGUAAAAAUGCAUGACAGCUAAGCUUCAUAGGGGAUUUCCCUAGUGUUUCUGCAAUACAAGGAAAACUUGUGAUGCUAAAAAAAUUUGUAAUGCAAAACCUGCAAGUUAGUGACUGUGACAAACUUUUUUCUUUCCAUAAUGGCAGCAGAAACAGCUGGAACCACGACACCUGCGAAAGAGACGCGUAAAAAACCUUUUUCAACAACAUCCCAGCCACAGUACUUUGAAAUAGGCUCGCCCGUGCUCGACGACGAGCUUUACUACAGCGUUUUGAACCGGAAGUUGCAAUCCGAAGGGAGCUAUGCACUGCAAAAAUGUCUGGGUCUGGAAGGUUGGAACUUGUCAUGCUAAAUCUGAAUCACGCAAAAACCUGUGUUGCGUGAUUACCAAAUGCUGCCCACUUUUGAUCAAGUUGAGAGGCAGUUUCUCAUGCAGGAUAGGCAUGAUAGUGAUCUCGCGGAAUCUGUCAUGCUAGGUCCUCCAUUACAGAUCAUGUGGGUCAUGGAAGACCUGCAUGACAAGUCGAGCAAAGUUCCAGACCCAGACGCUUUUGCAUUUGAUAGGACCGACCUCUCCGUGGGAGAAAGGCAGCUGCUUUGCCUCGCCCGGGUGCUGCUCCGGAAGCCGGAGCUACUGAUCUGCGACGAAGCCACUGCGUCGGUAGAUUUCGAAACGGACAAAAAAGUGCAGGAGUCGCUCCGGGAUUGGAGCAAGGAACACGGGAACGCGAUUGUGUUGACUAUUGCGCAUCGAUUGGAAACCGUGGCAGAUUACGAUAAGGUAUAGUGUUAGAACAAAAAGUUCUCAAGAAGAUCUUGUCAACACGCGAUUUUAUUUCUAAGGGCGCACGAGGACUGUGAUAGUGAUUUGGAUUUCGAUUUCAACAAUUAUUUUUCAAAUAUUGUUCUUGAAAACCGAAUCAAUUGUACCAGGUCCUUGUCUUGGACAACGGUCACGUUGCAGAAUUCGGGGAUCUGCAGGACCUUGCGCACCGUCCCAAUGGGAUUUUUGCGGGCAUGGUUUCACGCAGCAAGGAACUCGGGAAUCGGAGGUGAUGAAAGUAAGAACCGGUCCAGUAGAGUGCGAAAAGAAUAAGAACUUGGGCGCUGUUCUUGGGAAACAACAGAGAUGUAUUACUGAUUUUUGGUCUCUACUGACAAUUUUAGUGAGAGGACCCGGCGAAGAUCAUCUUCUACCAGUAAUUUUGUUUCUUUUCUUCAAAUGUUUCCGUCUUGCCGCCCAUCAGGGUCAGCUUGCGAGGAACCCCAUUUUGAUAUAAUCUAUGUCAAUGAAGUUGUAUUCUCACAAGUCAUGCAUACGACACACCGCUUACGCUGUUUGCUUUUACCGUUUUUUGGAGUAGAGUAUAUCUUCAAAUAGAAAACGAGAAUCAGCAAAUGCCGAACAAUGAACCUUGCUUCUGAGAGACACUGAAAUAGAUUCACAACUAACUGAAUUUUCCUGUAACAUUUUUGUCAAUGCACCUCUACAUCAGAAUUACAUGAUCAUGUACUUGGCACACGGUACUAGAGUGGUUCAUCAAUACAGACUCAGAUUUUCCUCGUUGCGGACGUUGUGCAGAAAAUCAAGAAUGCAUCAAGGCUUGUGCGGAUAAGCAGCUGAUGGUGUACACGAAGCUAAAGGCCAAUACUGCGAAGUCUUGCUUAUGGUGGCCCCUUCUACAAGCAUGAAAACUAGUCUUGGCGAUUUUUUUGACCAAGCUCGCGAGGAGAGAAAGAGAUCUCCACAUGGGAAAACUUUGCACAAUUGACCCUAGACCUGGCUCCUCGCUUUUCGAUCUAAGUACUUUGCGCAUUUUUGAGGGUAGAUACGUAGUAG